AGAAGCCAAAAGCGGUUUAUCGUUCCUUUGCUGACAUUGAUUAAAAAGUGAUCAUAAAAUUCUCGCAGCAUGAAUGCUUUAUUUGAUUAGCGGAUGUUAACAUAACGGCACACUUUUGGCAGGGGGUUGUAUUGAAGAGAGAUCAACGGAGAUGGAUGACAAAGAAAUAAAAAUCCCCAUAGCUGAAAGGGAGAACCUGAUGGAGGACAAAAUACCACACUAUAUAGGCUUCACCCCUAGGCCCAUACAACGCCUAGCAACACAGAAACCACCCAGCACAAUGGUCAGCAUUGAGUGUAGACAUUUCCUGAGAACAAAGAGUGAAAAAACACCACACCACAACCUCAAACGUGAAUACCAGCUGUGGCUAAAAGCCGGUAAAUCACCCCCCAUCACGCCUGAUCGGCCAGACACAAACUACAACAGCAGCGAAUGGAGAAAUUUUGCACGCCAGGUAGGGCUCAACUUCUCGGCCAGCGCGAGCAGCAUCUCGGAAGCCGUUGCCGCUCUGUAUCCCAUGAACAUCCCGCCGUCUUCCCAGCUUGGCAAGAAUUCGUUUGAGAAGUUUUUAAGAGAGGCAAAACUGUUCAGAGAUGAGAGGGCGAAGGCGUUGGCGAUUCUCAGAGCAAAGAAGGAACAGAACUACAUGAACUAUCUCAGGUGGAAAUCUGACGCCAGAAACCCACCCCAGAAUGAAAAAGGGGACAUCAUACCACCGGAAAACUUUAAAAAGUACGAACCUGGUUUCAGGCCCUUACCAUCUCCACCACCAUCACCUCCACCUUUUCAUAAAACUGACCUGUUUGGCCAGCCAUACACACCUCGCUCCAGCCCAAGAACUUGGAAACUCAGUUAUAAACUGAAUCACCCGGAAUAUCAAAAACUCAGAGGGGAAGUUAAGAAACAAAAAGAAACAAUGGAGAAAAAAUGGCUUGAGACUAGUAAAGUUCCUCAGUUAAAGUUAUCUCCUGUUAGAGAUGAGGUAUAAACUAAUUAGUUCAGUUUUGUUGAAUCCCAUCUCUGUUAAUAAGAGUGAUAAAAAGCUUAUACAGCAGGUAAAAUAUUAUUGAAAACAUCUUUAUUUUUCCAAUUUAAGCUACAUUUCUUUAGCUGGAAAAUGUUAUCUCCCCUUUUUUAAUAUGCAGGAUUGUUAAAUCACCAUCAAUAACAAUUAGAAAGAUGGAAAGAUUGAAUGAAAACUACUGUUUUAACCUUAUAUCCUUGAUGGGAUGUUGGGUCACAUUGUCGAGUUUUUCAUUACAAGCUUGAAGGUCUCAAGUUCAAAUCUUUAGGACAUCCCUGAGCACACACAACUCUGGUGGGUACCUGACUCUCUUUAAGGAAAGGUGGCUGGGCAUAGUGCUGACCACAUUUUCCAUUCAUAUGCCAAGGUCAAGAAACAUGAACUCUACUUCAUCUACCAUAUGAAUCUUUAGAUUUGAAAGGGGAGCUUUACUUCAUACUUCUUUGACUGAGAGUGUAAACUCCACCUUUUUAAAUGCGCAGGCUUGUUUAACAGGUUGCAUGAAAUAUUCAUAUUCUAUUGCUCAAAAAAUAUUUUAAAAUUCAACUGUUUCUGAAAUGUUUGUAAUCAUAUAUAUCCUUGUGUUAAAUUGCAUUUACAAAUCUGUUAUGUAACCUUUAAAACAGAUGGGUAAGUCUAGUAUGUCAUGUUUAUUAUUCAGUAUUAAGCUUGAAAUUGUUGAAGUAAAGUUUGUUGAAUAUUUAUAUAGAUGCUUAUGUAUAUUAAGCAUUUAUAUACUCAUAUAAAUGUUUAUGAGAAUGAAAAUAUGUAUAAAAGAUUAAAUACUUCUACAGCAGUUUUUUUUUUAUAUUAACAAGUGCCUUUUAUCAAAAUAUCUGGUGCCUUAAUAUUUUUGGUUGUAAAAAAUAAGUUGUUUUCUACAUUAUAUUAUAAGAUUGGUGUAUGUAAUUUUGCUGUUAAUUGUCCUCCAUGUACAUAUUAUUCUAUUUUAGUAAUAAAACAAAAGGCAAACAUGUAUUCUUUGGUCUGGUUGAGGUGUUAAAUGCAUCAUUGAUAAAAAAAACAUUAUUAAACUCACUACAUAGUACAAUAAUAAUCUGUGUACAGCGGUUUAAAUAAAAAGUUUUCAAAGCAA